AUGGCUGCACUUGACAAAAUGAUGAUUGAUGAUCGAGAUUUAGCAGCUAGAUAUUUUGGUGAGAACAGUUUAGAUGAUCUCACUGCUGAUCAAUUUCUAUUCUCAAAACCACCUAAUCAACAAGAUUUCAAUUCGAAAUCAAAAAUGAAACAAGACCCAUCGAAUAAAGAUGAUGAUCUUAGUGGAUUAUUUGGAAGACGAGUUUAUUUAGAAUCACCUUCAUUUGAUAAUAAAGAAGAAGAAGAUAUGUACAGAUAUGUACCAAGUCGUCUUAGUGACGUUCCACCAUCUCUAGUUGAAAAAGCUACUAAGCCUAUUACAACUGAAACACUUAUCGAUUCACUUGAUUUUGAAUUGGAUCUUCUUGGAGCAGCCAAUACACGUCAUGGAGUACCAUUUCGUACAGAUACACAAUUCUUAAAAGAUUCAAAACCACCUGCUCCUUUAACACAAUUAACGAAUCCUUUGAAACCAUCACCAUUAACAAAUGUACAAAGAGCUGAUCCUCGACAAGAUCCAUUACUUGGUCCAUUACUUGCUGAAUUAGAUGCAAUGACUACCCAACAGCCGUAUAUACCACAACAAUUUUCAACAAUUCCUAAUUAUCGACGAAAUUCAGUACCUUAUGAACCUAAUCAUACUCGACCACCACCUGUCCCAUUACAUGCCAAUCAUAUGUUAACAACCAAAGCGAAUCGUACUGUAAAUGAUGCACUACUUGAAGCUGAACUAUUUGAUUCUCUUGAUAUUCGAGACCCACCAAUUCCUCCAGCUCAAGACCGUCAACAUAUAACAUUUUCUGCGCCUAGUAUAAUUUCAUCAAAUCAUCCUCAACACCACCAACAACAACGAUUACCAACUCGCCCAUUAGAUAUGAAUAAUAUCGACAUGUUUAUGCCUUCAACUUACGAAACUGGAACUGGAGUAUUUUCGAAUCAAUAUGGUACAAACGAUCAAGUAUUUCAGCAACCAUUACUCAAUGCUCUUGGACAAAACUAUGUACCAAAUGCAAGGCCAUCAGCUUCUCAACAUCAUCAACAACAACAACAACAACAACAACCACCACCACAACAACAACCAUUUGAACAACGAGAUAAAAGUUAUGAUGAUAUUUAUGCUCGAAUGUCUCCACCUCAACGUACAACAUAUGUUCCACCUCAACAAUCUGCACAUAAUAAUAAUAAUAAUAAUCAAUAUCAACAACCGCAACAAUACCAAUUUCAACAACCAGAUACUAUGUUUGAUGACUUACAAUCACAAAUGCUACCUCAACAGGCUCAAAACAAUAAUACUAAUCAUUAUCAGCAACAACAACAACAACCAUCCACUCUUCCAAAUCGUCAAACAACAUAUAAUAAUAAUGAGCAAAAUAAUGAUCCAUUCAGUGAAUUUCAAGAUAUAUAUAAUUCAUCUCAAUAUCGACGUCCAUCCCAAGCUCCUUCUCAAUCAUCACAUCCAUCAUCUUAUCAGCAACCUCGGAUGAUGCCACCUCCGCCACAAUCUCAACAACAAAGAAUGAUGCAUCCACCACCGCCAUCUCAACAACAAACAGGAAUGCCACCACAACCACCAUCCUUCCAACCACCGAGAAUGAUGCCACCUUCACAGCAACAAUCGAUGGGACCACCACAACCACCACCUUUCCAACAACCACGAAUGAUGCCACCUCAACCGCCCGCGUCUCAGCAACCACGGAUGAUGCCACCACAACCACCAUCAUUCCAACAACCAAGAAUGAUGCCGCCAACACCAUCAUCUCAACAGCCAAGAAUGCCACAACCACAGUUUCCUCAACAGCAACAACAACAACAACACGAAGAGUAUCAUAUGUCUCCUUCGUCUGCACAACAACAACAAAACCAACAACAAUAUUACGAAGAAGAUGGUCUAAAUUCAAAUUAUCCUCCAAAUGAUAACAAUAUGUUUUUUACUGAUAUUAACGAUGAUCCGUUUGAUCAAGUUAAUUAUGCACAACAUCAGCAACAACCAUCAUCUAUGAAUAAUCAAAAUAAUGGUGAUCAACAAGAAGAUCAAGAUUCAAAACGACAAGCUAUUUGGGAUGAAUUACAAAGAACAAAUGCAAAAGUUCAAGAAAAAAAUGCUAAAAAACGUGAAUCUGCUAAUCGACGUGAACAAAUCUUAAAAGGUAACUAUGGAUCCAGUACUGCAUGGAACAUGAAUGGCAGUAAACUAUCUUCUGCUCAAUCAAAACCAGGUGAACAUUCACCACCUACACGUCGUCCACCACAGCAACUGCCAGCACCUGUUUCCAAAGUCAAUUAUAUCGAAGAUAAUAUUGAUAUGAUUAAAAAUAAAGAAAAUUACUAUCAUCGUUAUCCAGCAAAAAAAUAUGAAAAUUUAUAUUCAAAACGAAAAGAUCUUUUUGGUGGUGGUGGUAAUACUAAUAAUAAUAAUCAAAAAAAUAAUCAAAAUCAAAAUCAAAACACAAAUAAUAAUUUUGAACAAGUACAACAAAUGAAUCAUGCUGCAGUUACAUAUUCCAAUGGUGAACAUCACGCAAAUUUACCAAUAACAAUUAAUUUAAAUCCAGGAAAUAAUUCAAAAAAUGAAAAUUUUCCAGCGACAGUUUCAAUACCUUUAGAUAGUCAUGUUACUCGAGUAGGUGAUAAAAUAAAUGUGAAUAUUGAUGUACGUCUUCAUGAUUUACAAAGUAUGAAACAACAACAAAAUAAUGAUCGUCCAGAUUAUUCUGGUUUAGAUCCGUUGGAACGUCAUAUACGAAAAUUAGAAAACAGUAUUGAUCAUUCUUUACCACCAACACAUUCACCACCCCGCCGAUAUUCACCACCACCACCACCACCACCACUAUCAAAUCCAAGUGUUAAUCCAUCAAUAGGUCGUUAUGGUAAAAUGACAACAGGUAAUGGCCAUGGUGGAUAUAGUCCACCUAGUUAUAAAAACGAUAAUCAUAGUUAUAAAAAUGAUCAUCAUAGUUAUAGUGCUAAAAUACAACAAGAAGAUUCUUAUUUAGCUAAAAUGAACCAGCCGCAAAAAAGACCAACACAAUAUAAACCAUAUUCUGGUCAAGAUUAUGAACAAUUUAAAAAGAAUCAUAGAUUUGGUACUGGUUGUCUUGGUUUUGAUUAUGAUAACCCUGAAUAUAAAGAAAAAAGUGAUAAAAUAUCUAAAACAAAAGAAUAUGCACAACAAGUUGUAAUUCGUAAUAAACAGAAAUUAGCUGAAGCUCCUCGUCGUACAUUGUCAGAAACACGAAAACCAGUAGAACCAGCCGAACCCUCGAGAACACAACGAGCACUUGAAUAUGCUCGUGCAGCUACGCGUCAAAAGAUACCAAUAAGUUCUGCAACUCAAUCAUCUCCUUCUUAUCAUGAUGAACCUGCUCCUCUUCAACGUCGACCAACUGAAAUUCCUCGUCAACCACCGCCAUCAAUAAAAAAACAGCCAACAAAAAUAAUGCAAAAUGAUGAUAAUGAACUUGUUGAACGUUUAGCUAUGCGACAUGAACGUGAUAAAGCACAAGUACAAGGUAUUUUAAAUCCAUCACAAAAACGUCGUGAACAACUUUUCGAUGAUGAUGAUCGUCAUAUGAGUGAUAUUGAGAAGUUAGCACAAAAUCGAGCUAAUCAAAGACGUUUAUCACCACCGAAACCAUUACCUCCACCUGGGCCAGGAAAUAAUGGAAAUGCACGACGACCAUUAAGAUUUGAUAAUCAAGUUUCAUCUGAUGAAUUAAUAGUACCUCCACAGCAACAAUAUCGUCCAGUUCAACAACAACAACAGCCUGCUCAACAGCAACCAAUACAACAACGGUCACCUAUUCCACAAAUUGUUCAACCACAUCAGCCUGUUGCACAAUUUACUCAACAACGAUCACCUCCUAUUCAACAACAUCCACCUGUUCAACAACAAGAACAACCACAACCGCAAAUACAUGUUCAACAACAUCCGAAUAUUAUACCACAACAAAACACAAAUGUUGAUAAAUUAGCUAAUCGACAUAAUGAUGAAAAAAUGCUUAUGGAAGCAAUACGUCAAGAAUUAAAAGAACGUCCUCUAGAUGAUGAUGAAGAAUUAGUUGUUGUUGAACAAUAA